AUGGGAGCGUGGCUCUGUACAAGUUCAAAAAAUGUAGCUAGAUCGGAUGGAAAAUUGCCUGAUUUGCCAUCAUCUGAAAGAGAUCCACGCAAUAAUACACGAGCAACAUCAGUACAUGAUAUUAGUAAUGAUGGUACAUGUACAGUCGAUUCAACAAUUCCUUCUACAACAAAAAUCAAAACAAUAUCAACAAAUGAAAAACAAGAAGGAGAAAAUAUUAUACAACAACAAACAACAGGAAUAUCUCUUGCUGAAUCUCAAUUUUAUGCACGAUCUUCGAAUACACCGUGUAUAAAACGACAAAAUUUUAUUGAUGAAAAAAUUAAUGAAAUUUAUUCAUCACCACCUGCUGAUGAUACAUUUCAGGAUGCUAUCAAUGAUCUUAAUAUAAAUAAAGAUCAAAUAAUGAAUGAAAAUGUUAUACCAACUGAUUCGAAUGAAAAAGAAAAAGCCAUACAAAAUCAAGAAUUAUUUAUCAAUGAAUCAGUUGAUAUAAAUUCAUCAUUACCUAUACGAACAGUACGACCAUUAUCAAAUGUAAUUAUUGUUAAUCCAUUUGAACGUCUUCGUAUAAUGAAUGUUCGAAAUGAACAAUAUCCAGUAGAAGAAGCAUCAUUACAAAUAUUUGAUCAACCAUCAUUUUUUCCAAAACAAAUUGAUUUACCAUUUGAAACUCCAUCGACAUCAACGAAUUUAAUUCGUCCACUUCGAUCAACUGUUGAACAAAUGCUUGAUCCACUCAAUGAUAAUAAUGAUUCAUCAACAUCAACAACAACAACAACAACAACCAAUCGUUCAGUACAUUUACCUGUUGAAAAACAACGUGGUCAAUCUGAAAUAAUUCGAAAACGUAAUAGUCGAUGUAAAGUUGAAGAUUAUAAACGUUCAAUUCAAAAACCUAAUACAUUCGAUGAUCAACAACAACAACAACAACAACAAUUUAAUCGUCCAUUACCAACAUCAAAAAGUGAUUAUGAAUUAAUGACAUUAUCAAAUAAUUCAACAUCAUCACCAUUAGAUAUAAAUUCUAAAAAUUUUCAAAAAUCCUAUUCAAUUGAAUUACCAAUUGAUUUUCAAAAUAAUAAUGAUAAACGAGCUAGAAUGUCAAUUGAACGAUUAAAUUUAUUAUUAUCAAAAGAUGAACAAUUAGAACAAGAAAAAAUUUCAAAUGAAAUUGAUGAAAAUACGAGUGUUGCUAAUAGAAGAAGUUUAUUUGAAACAAUAUCAAAAGAUACACAAUUUAGUGGUACUUUACCACGUUCAAAACCAUCUCAACCUGAAGAUGUUUCAAUUAUAUCAUCAACAACAAAAAAAUAUGCUAAUGAAAAACAUCGUUCACAAACAGAAAAUAUUCUUCUUUUACAACAAAAUGAUGAAAGUUUAUCAGAUAAAAAAACUGAAAAUGAACCAUUCGAUGAUGAUAUUUCAAAAUUAUCAUUUAAAGAAAAAAUGAUUUUAUUUAAUAAAAAGAAAUCUAAUGAAUUAAUACCAACAUCAUCAUUAAAAAAUAAUCGAAUUCGUCUUACACAGCCAAUUACUGCUGAAGAAGUUCAAGCUGCUGUUAAUUUGACACCAUCAUCAAGUACACAACAAUUAGAAUCUACAGUUCCUGAUGAUGCAAUUAUGUCAAAUCCAGAAGAAUCAAAUAAUAUAAUAUCGGUGAGCAAAAGAUUUGAACAAUUAAAAGUAUUCGAUGAAAUAGAAUCAAACAAACGUAAUAAAUUACCAUUAGAAAAUUUAUCAGAAAAACUUUUAACAUUAAAAGAUGAACAAAAACCAAAUUUAACUAGUACACGUAAAACUCCAACAUUAAAAUAUAAUGCAAAAAAAUCCAAUGCAGGUCAACAACAACAUGCUAAAACAGUCGAUAUUGUUCGUCUUAAAACUGAUUCAAUCGUUAAAACCAAAGAUACUAAACAAACAGUGUUACCAACUAAUAAAACCAAUGGUACAACAUUACCAAAAUCUAAUAAUAAGAUAGUUUCUGUAUUAAAAUCUGAUAUAAUAUCUGUAUUAAAACCAGAUGAUCAUCUUGAUGAUUUUUUUGGUGAUACAACUAAAAAUUUACAUAAUGAAACAUCUAUUCAAUUGAAUACUGAUGAUCUUAAUCGAAUAGCUGAAAGUACUGUUAGAUUACAAUCACAAGUAACUCGUGCUCGACCUCCACGUCGUCAAAAACAGGGAGCAAAAAAUCCUCUUCGACAAAUUCAAGCUGAAAAUCAAUAUACAGAAAUACAUACUAAUCUUUCAGAACAAGAACUACGUCGAUUAAAACGAGCACAAAUUGCUGAAAAUGCUGGUGUUGCUCAAGAAGCUUUAGCAGCUUUAGCUACAACAGAAAAUUUUGCUGAAAUAAAUUUACGUAAAAUAGAUCAAUCACCAGUAGCAAAAUUUGGUUUUGAACCAUAUAAAGAAUUAAUGCUUAUUUUAAUAAAAGGACGUCGUCAAUGUUCAUUACAUCUUGUUAAUCCAAUAUAUGAAUCAAUUAAUGAAGGUGAUUGUUAUUUAUUAAUAACACCAUUAAAAGUUUUUGCAUGGCUUGGUCGUUAUGCAAAUACAUUAGAAAAAACUAAAACAACAGAUUUAAUUGAUUAUUUAAAACAAAAUCGUGAUUUUGGUUUACGUAAUGAAGUAAAAUAUUUUAUUUUGGAUCAAGCUAAAGAUGAUACAGAAAAUGAUAGUCAUGCAGAAUUUCGUGAUAUUUUACAAGGUGAAAUUGAUGAUUAUAAAUCAAUUGAUUAUGUAAUUGAUGAUGAUUUUUAUGAAACAAAUAUAAAUGAAUUAAAUCGUAUUUAUCGUGUUGAAAAUGAUUUACUUAUGCCAUUAGAUGAUUUAUGUUUUCAUUCAUUAUCAAUUAAAAUUCUUGAUUCAAAUGAAGUAUUUGUUUUUGAUUUUGGUUCAGAAUUAUAUAUUUGGAAUGGUAAAUAUGCAGAUAAAAUAAAACGUAAUAUGGGUUUACAAUUAGCACAACAAUUAUGGAAUGAUAUAUAUGAUUAUAGUGAAUGUAUUAUUAAUCCAUUUGAUCCACUUGAUGAUAAGAAUGAACAAACUAGUCAAAUAGAUACUAAACGACCAGCAUGGUGUAUAUUUGGAAAACAAAAUCAAAAUGUUGAAACAUUAUUAUUUAAAGGAAAAUUUUAUGAUUGGCCAAGUAAUUUUCAAGAAAUAAAAUCAGUUCUUGAUGUAGGAACCAAUCUCAAUAAACCAUCAUCAACACAACGACCACCAUCAAUUGUUGAAACACUUAAACCAGCUGAUGUAUAUAAAAUGCUUGUUAAACAAAAUAAUCCAGUCAAUAUGAUUCUUGAACAAAUUAAUACAGGUCGAGGAAGAUAUUGGUAUGAUUCAAUUGAAAUGCGUGGUCAUCAUGUUCAAACAAUUGGAUUAAAUGUUUGGCAUCUUAGUGAAAAUGAACGACAUGAAUUAUCCAAAACAAGUUAUGGACAAUUUUAUUCUGAUGAUGUUUAUAUUGUUCGAUGGAAAUAUAAAUUAAUUCCAAUAGGUAAUGAUAAUACAUUGGAACGAAAGACAGAUAUUAGUCGUGAUCGUAUUGCUUAUUGGAUAUGGCAAGGUAUUAAUGCUAGUCCAAAUGAAAAAGGUCUUUCAGCAUUGAUGGCAAUACUUUUGAAUGAAGAAAAAGGACCUCAUAUUCAUGUUAUUCAAGAACAUGAAGAAGCAGCAUUUUUACAAUUAUUUGAUGGUACAUUUACUAUUCAUAUGGGUAAACGUAAUCAAUUGAAACCAAAAAAAACACCUUGGCGUUUAUAUGUCUUUCUUGGUGAAAUUGAUGUUGAAACACAUUGGUGGGAAUUAAAUGUUAAUAGUGCUAAUUUACGUAGUAGAACAUCAUUUUUAUUAAUUAAUAAUAUUGAAAAUUUAAUGUUACUUUGGCAUGGUUAUGGAACAACUGAUGAACAACAAAUUUUAGCUAGUAAAUCAGCUAUGAAAUUACGUGAAAGAUGUUCAGAAGAAUUUCAUUUUGAUGGUCAAACGGAAGAUAUUGAAUUCUUUGAAAUGGAAGAAGGUGAUGAAAUUGAAUUAUUUUGGGAUGGAAUUAAUGAACGAAAUCAUGAACGAAGAUAUUAUUCAUUAUUAAAUAUUCGCUCAAAUCUAAAACUUUCAUCAACAAUGCGUAUCUUUCAUUUAUCAAGUCUUCAUGGUCCAUUUGUUGCUCAAGAACUUCUUUAUCCUCUUCGUUCUCCUGAUCAUAUAUCAUCAUUUCCAUUUACACAAUCUGAUUUAUAUGAACUUCAUCAACCAGCUUUAUGUUUAAUUGAUACUGAUACUGAAUUAUAUAUAUGGCAAGGAUGGCAUGAUCAAUCUGAUGAUGAACUUGGUUUACAACUUGCUAAUGCAAAUUUAUUAGCACGUGGUCCAAGAGAUAUACGUUUUACAACUGAACGUCGUUGUGCAUUUCGUACAGCUAUUGAUUAUUAUAAAACAAAAACUGGUUCAUCAACUAUUGAUAUACCAAUGUCAAUUGUCUAUGCUGGUUUAGAACCAAUUGAUUUUGUUAAUUUAUUUCCUAAAUGGAGUGUGAAUAUUAAAGCUCGACAACAAAAUCAAUUGGAAGGUAAAAGUGUAAAUCAGAAAGAUUCAAUCAUUGAUGUACUCAAUGAAUUAUGUCGUGAGCAAUAUAGUAUUGAAGAACUUCGAGCUCGUCCAUUACCAGAAGGUGUUGAUCCAUCAAAAAUUGAAUCUUAUCUUUCCAAUGCAGAUUUUCAAAAAGAAUUUCGUAUGACUAAAGAUGAAUUCUAUGCUUUACCCUAUUGGAAACAAACCAAUAUUAAAAAACCACUUGGAUUUUUCUAA